UUUUAUCUUCAUCUCAACGCAACAUGGCUCGAACCAAAGUAGCACUCGCCGGCGCCACCGGUAACCUCGGCGCCGUUGUCCUUAAAGCUCUCCUCAACGCAAACCACCACGUAACAGUUCUCUCGCGCAUAAACGGGAACUCCUCCAGAUUGACACCUCAUCCUAACAUCGCAAUCGCAAAAGUCGACUUCAACUCCACCCACUCUUUGACUACAGCCCUCCAAGGCGUCGAAGUUGUCAUCUCCUGUCUUGCGACCUUAGCAAUAGGAAGUCAAAAUCUUCUCAUCGACGCCUCAGUAUCUGCUGGCAUCAAACGUUUCAUCCCCGCAGAAUUCGGUAUGGAUUCUCUCAACCCUCUAUGCACCAAGCUACCCGUUUGUGUACCGAAAGUCGACACGCAGAGAUACCUCCAGGAGAAAACUUUGUCUUAUCCUGGGUUCUCGUAUACAGGUAUCGCCAAUGGAUUAUUCCUAGAUUGGGGCCUGAAGGUCGGGUUUAUCUUGAAUAUGGCAGCGCAUUCUGCUACGCUGUAUAAUGGCGGCGAUGUCCCGUUCAGCGCUACGAUUUUGGUUGACAUUGCGAAAGCGGUUUUGGGCGUUAUUGAUAAUCAGGAUGAAACGGCGAAUCGGAUUAUCUAUGUGCAUUCAGUAGUGACGACGCAGAAUAAAUUACUUGAGUAUGCUAAGGAGAAAGAUGGCGAGGGGUGGCAUACUGUUUUCAAAGAUACUGAGGACAUUAGGAGGGAAAGCUUGGCGGAGUUGGCUAAUGGAGACAUCGGUGCUGCAAUGGAUGGAUUUUGCAUUUGUGCUAUGUGGAGUUCGGAUUAUGGGUGUGAUUUUUCAAGUCAUUUGGAUAAUGAUCUGGUGGGGGUGAAAAUGAUGGAGGAAGACAAGUUGAAGGAACUCGUUGGGAGCUUUUUAUGAUACGAAA